AUGAUUCAGUCCUUUCUCCAGCGUCUAGCACGCUGGCUGGACCGCCCAUUCUUCCCGUGGAAGAAGCUGGUCAUCGGCUUCUCACUCGCGGAAUUCGCUCUCGAGAAUUGGCUUCUUUUCCGCCAGUACCGCGUUCUAUCCAAGACUUCCCAGCCCAAAGCCUUGGAAAACGAAAUUGAUAAGCCUACCUUCAAUAAGAGCCAGGAAUAUGGCCGCGCCAAAGCCAAGUUCGGCUUCUUCUCAUCCCUCUUCAACCAAGCCAAGGGCCUCGCUGUGAUCUGGUACGAUGUCUAUCCCAAGGUUUGGGCCGUCGCCGGCCUACUCCUUACCCGCUACGCGCCGGAACGCUUCUCGGGAGAAAUCACACAAUCACUCGUCUUCGUCUUCCUAUUCAGCCUCAUAGAUACCUUUGCCGGCAUGCCCUUCUCAUACUACCACAGCUUCGUUCUGGAGCAGAAGUUUGGCUUCAACAAGAUGACGGUCAAGCUCUGGAUAACGGACAUGCUCAAGAGUCAGGCGCUUACCAUUGCCUUUGGUGUCCCUAUCGGCAGUGCUUUCUUGUCCAUUAUCAAAAAGACUGGUCAGGGCUUCUUCUAUUACCUGUGGGUUUUCAUGCUAGUAGUCCAGGUCUCCGCGAUUACUAUCUACCCUAUCUUCAUUGUCCCGCUGUUCAACAAGCUCGAGCCGCUGAAGGCAGGUGCACUGAAAGACGGCGUAGAAGCACUUGCCUCUAAACUCCAAUUUCCAUUGGGUGAACUACAAGUCAUUGAUGGUAGCAAGCGGAGCUCUCAUAGCAAUGCCUAUUUCACUGGACUUCCGUGGAAAAAGAAGAUUGUUAUCUACGACACUCUUCUAGAGAAGAGCUCUGACAAGGAAGUCGAGGCUGUCCUCGCACACGAACUUGGUCACUGGAAAAUGGGGCACACUACAAAGCUUCUCCUGAUCAGCCAGGUUCAUUUGUUUUACACAUUCUCUCUAUUCUCCGUCUUCAUCAACAAUAACUCGCUCUACGAGUCCUUUGGUUUCCACAAGCAGCGUCCUGUUUUCAUCGGUUUCCUGCUCUUCAAUGAGAUACUCUCGCCAACUGAUUCAAUGAUCAAGCUGAUAAUGAACAUCUUGACUCGGAGCAUGGAGUAUGAAGCUGAUGCGUUCGCCGUCAAGCUAGGCUAUAGCGCGGAGCUUGGCUCUUCGUUGAUCAAGCUUCAAAUCCAAAACCUGUCGAGCAUGGACGCGGAUUGGCUGUACUCGAGUUUCCACUACUCUCAUCCCAUCUUGACUGAGCGGUUGAAGGCGAUGAGCUGGGUCAGCGAGUCGAAGGUGGUGGAUAAAUCGGCGGAUAAUGAGAAACCCUUGCAGGCGAAUGAUAUAGAGCUGUAG